GGGGAGGGGAGGGGGGGCAAUGGUUCUCCAGUGCCUGCCUUCGUUGCAGACGACAAAUAGCCAGAUGCGCGUGCUUCUGCGCGACGUCUGUUUCGUCAACGCUAAUCAGCAAAAGAAAUAAAAGGGGAAAAGAAGAGAAAGCAAAAGAAGAAGAAGAAAAGACAGAAAAAAAAAAGGAACAGGACAAAAUCCAACGGGUCUUACAAAUGCCUGGUGAGCGGUCCACCAAUGUGUCAGUCGCCCUUCGGGUUCGUUUGUAUGACCAGCAGAGAAUCUUCCGGUGCUUUUUUACAACGGGCAAACAAGGCUUCAAUCCUCCUCCGCACAGAGCAAGGGUUUGCCCCCCCCCCCAUACACACUUGCUCACCCGUUUAAAAAGGGGACAACAUUGCCCGACAUUGGGGAAGGCCGCAGGCUCUUGUAAGCCAAAAGGAACUGAGACCGUGGCCGCGAGUGAGUCAGGAUUGCCGUCAAAACACCUCAUCCCAAAGCCGGCCCUCUGCCUGCGCCCUGCCGUACCAGGAUAUUCCUCGCCGGAACCUCGCGACGUUGCUCAACCGGCCGCAAACCUGGCGCGCACCCUCUCUCAGCGUCAAACUUCAAAAUCAUUCCCAAAGACGAACUCUGGACAGCUCCGUGUGGGAAACAAGUGCUUCUUCCUGGCUCAACCUUCCCUCACAGCCCUCGACGUUGCAUGGCAUGCAUUGAUCCCGCGCCCGCCUCGAGUUGCACCGCCCACCCCGUUCCUCCUUCUCUUGCUCUUGCUCUUGCUCUUGCUCUUCCUCCUCCUCCUCCUCCUCCUCCUUCUUCUUCCCUUCUCCCUCCGUCCAGGCCUGACAAACGCCAAGCCAAUGCAAACAAUGUUUGUAGUUCGCUCACCCUCCCUCCUACUCGGCUGCGUCGGAACUCUCCUGUAUGCUUUUGCAUCAUGAUCGGCCUUCGUUCAGUCUGGGAUACCAACUCGUAUACCUUUCACUAAUGCGACAGAAAGCACACUCUCUCGUCCACGCGGCCUGCCUUGUCCCUGGCCACACAUGCCGAGCUUCUGAGACGACU